AUGGCGCUCGCCGCGCUCCUGCUGCUGCUGCUGGCGGCCGCCCCGGCCCCGGCCCGGGCCCCGCAGGCGGCCGACGCGCGGCAGGAGGCGGCGGUGCGGGAGCUGCUGCAGCGGCUGCUGGGGCCCCGGGCGGCCGCCGGCUUCGCCGUCUCGGUGAACCGCUCGCUGGCGGCCGGCGGGCUGGACACCUACCGGCUCAGCUCCCCGCCCGGGGCCAAGGAGCGGGUGCGGGUGGCCGGGUCCAGCGGGGUGGCCGCCGCCGCCGGCAUCUACCGCUACCUGCGGGAGCUCUGCGGCUGCCACGUGUCCUGGUCCGGGGCGCAGCUGCGGCUGCCGGACCCGCUGCCCGCGGUGCCCGGGGUGAUCAGCGCCACCAGCCCCAACAGGUUCCGCUACUACCAGAACGUCUGCACCCAGAGUUACUCCUACGUGUGGUGGGACUGGCCUCGCUGGGAGAGAGAGAUUGACUGGAUGGCGCUCAACGGCAUCAACCUGGCGCUGGCGUUUACUGGGCAGGAGGCUGUUUGGCAGCGGGUGUAUCUGUCCCUGGGCCUGAACCAGUCUGAAAUAGACGAGUACGUCACCGGGCCUGCCUUCCUCGCCUGGAACCGCAUGGGGAACCUGCACACCUGGGCGGGGCCCUUGCCCCUGUCCUGGAACCUAAAGCAGCUGUACUUGCAGUACAGGAUCCUGGAGAGGAUGCGGUCGUUGGGAAUGAUCCCGGUGCUGCCGGCGUUUGCGGGGCACGUCCCCAGGGGCGUCUUGAGGGCUUUCCCUCGAAUAAACGUCACUCGGCUUGGGAGCUGGAGCAACUUCGACUGCACCUACUCGUGUGCCUACCUCCUGGACCCCGGAGACCCCAUGUUCCAAGUGAUCGGGACCCUCUUCCUGAAGGAGCUGAUCAGAGAGUUUGGCACGGAUCACAUCUACAAUGCGGACACCUUCAAUGAGAUGAGCCCCCUGUCCUCCGACCCUGCCUACCUCUCGGGGGUCAGCGCUGCCGUCUUCAGAUCCAUGACUGGAGCCGACCCCAACGCGCUCUGGCUCAUGCAGGGCUGGCUCUUCCAGAACCAGCCUGACUUCUGGCAGCCGGCCCAGGUGCGGGCCCUGCUGCGCGGCGUGCCCAGCGGCAGGAUGAUCGUGCUGGAUCUCUUUGCGGAGUCCAAGCCCGUGUACCAGCGGACAGAGUCCUUCUACGGGCAGCCCUUCAUCUGGUGCAUGCUGCACAACUUCGGCGGCAACCACGGCCUCUUCGGCACGGUGGAGAGCAUCAACCGGGGCCCCUUCGACGCCCGGCGCUUCCCCAACUCCAGCCUGGUGGGCACCGGCCUGGCCCCAGAGGGCAUCGAGCAGAACGACAUGGUCUAUGAGCUGAUGAGCGAGCUGGGCUGGCGCCAGGAGCCGCUUGACCUCCAGCAGUGGGUUGCCAACUACUCCCAGCGGCGCUACGGCACCAGGAACGCGGAGGCCGCCGGCGCCUGGCAGCUGCUGCUCCGCAGCGUCUACAACUGCUCGGGGCUCUGCGUCAACCACAACCGCAGCCCGCUGGUGCGCCGGCCGUCCCUGCGCAUGGCCACGGAGCUGUGGUACAACAAGAGCGACGUCUACGAGGCCUGGCGCCUGCUGCUGGACGCCGCUGCCGAGCUGGGGGCCAGCCCCACCUUCCGCUAUGACCUGGUGGACGUGACCCGGCAGGCCGCGCAGCAGCUGGUGAGCGAGUACUACCUGGAGAUCAAGCAGGCCUUUCAGAGCCGCUCGCUGCCGGAGCUACUGACCGCCGGCGGGGUGCUGCUGUACGACCUGCUCCCGGAGCUGGACGCCCUCCUGGCCAGUGACCCCCACUUCCUGCUGGGCCGCUGGCUGGAGCAGGCUCGUGCCGCAGCCACCAGUGACAAGGAAGCCGAGCUAUACGACCUGAACGCCCGCAACCAGGUGACGCUGUGGGGGCCCAGCGGCAACAUCUUGGACUACGCCAACAAGCAGCUUGGGGGGCUGGUGCUGGACUAUUACCGGGUGCGCUGGAGCCUCUUUGUCUCGGCGCUGGUGGAGAGCCUGAACACUGGCACCCCCUUCCACCAGGAGCAGUUCAACCAGGCCGUCUUCCAGCUGGAGAGGGGUUUCGUCUACAACGGCAAGCGCUACCCCUCCCAGCCGGCCGGCGACACGCUGGAGAUCGCCAGGAAGAUCUUCCUCAAGUAUUAUCCCCACGCCAUGCGGCGCGGCUGGGCGGGGGCUGCCUGA